GAUAUCUUGUGGACCGGCUGUUAUUUCAACAUAAUGAUUGCUUGACCCAUGUGACAGACAUAAGCCGAGCUUCCAGUGUGUGGUUGUUCUUUAAAUCAAUACAAUGGCAGUCAUUGGGGUGUUCACCUUGCUGUUCACCCUGCAACACCUAAACGCCCAACCUGUCGUCGACGCCCCGUGGGGUGCAGUUGAGGGGACCACGAACGUCACAGAAGACUGGACACCUUACCAUGCAUUCCUUGGAAUCCCCUACGCAGUUCCGCCUACGGGGGCCAGGCGGUUCAAGCGACCACAGCCACAUCCAGGAUUUAAACACAUCUUCAAAGCCCAAACGUAUGGUCCACCAUGCAUUCAGAUUCUCCAGCUGACUGGUAAUAAUGGUGUUACUGGGGACGAGGAUUGCUUAACACUGAAUGUAUUCACUCCAGCGCUACUUACGGAAACCAAGAACAUUCCUGUAAUUGUUUGGAUACAUGGAGGGGGAUUCAUUGUCGGGGAUGCUUUCACCUUUGACCCUUCAUUGAUCGUUGGGGCUGAACAGGUUAUAGUAGUAACCAUCGAAUAUCGUCUGGGGCCGCUCGGGUUCCUCAGCACAAACGAUGACGUGUCAAAGGGAAACUAUGGUCUCUGGGACCAACAUCUUGCUCUGGAAUGGGUCAAGAAAAACAUUGCAUCUUUUGGCGGGGAUAUUAACAGUAUUACCAUCAUGGGAGAAUCAGCAGGGUCCGCCAGCGUGGCAUUCCAGGCCUUGUACCCAGGGUCCAAGGGUUUGUUCCAGAGGACAAUCAUGCAGAGCGGGUCUGUCUCGUCCGCAUGGGCUUAUACACGGAACUCUCUGAAAUAUGCAAGAGAACUGGCCCAUAAGGUAAACUGUUCCCCUCAGAACGAUACCGCAUCAAUGAUCACCUGUCUGAGGACUAUCCCUGCCAAGACGUUGACUGCAGCAUCGUGGCCAAUGGGAAAUGAACCUGUCACAGCUUCAGCCGAGUUUUAUUUUGUACCUACUAUUGAUGGUGAGUUUGUCAAAGACGAUCCACUGGUUCUAAUAAAUUCUCCAAGUUUCCUGGAACAGGUAGGACUUCAAAAUCUUGACUGCAUGGUAUCGGUUGUAAGCAAUGAAGGGGGACUCUUUAGUUACCUUUCACAAGCAGUUGAUAAAGAGUUCAACUCGUCCAUAUCCUCAUCGGUUCAGAACAAGGGUUUCUACAUUAACACCUUCAUCCCAGAGAUCCUGGAGCUUUAUUUCGGUGCAUCGUCUCCUGACAUGACACAGGCUGUGGCUAAGGUGUAUCUCCCGCCUCACAGUCCUGCCGUUGAUCUCCAGGCAGUAAUGAACACUCUUGGUGAUGCUGGGAUGGUCGUCCCCGCAACGCUCUUUGCGAGGGCUCAUGCAAAGCUGACCAGACACUUGAAGACAGGAAUGAAGACCUACAUGUAUGUGUUUGACCACAUCCCAUCUUUUAUUCCUGGCCAUGACAAGGGGAUGAAUCAUGGUGAAGAUCUCAUUUACACUUUCGGUCUCAACAAAGCCUACAUGGCUGCAAUGGCGAAACAGUUCCGAAAUACUACAUUUGUGCCAGACCAAUCCGAAAAGGAGCUCUCACAUACAUUGAUGGGACUGCUAACAGAUUUCGCAAGAUAUGGAGACCCCAACAACGCUGUACGGUUUGGCCUGAACCAGACUUGGCCUGCGUUCACGGAGCCAGGGGAACACUAUCUACUGCUGAACACCACCAUGUCCGUGCAGUCCAGCCCCUUCAGGGACAGGGUUAAGUUAUGGGCUCUAAAACUGCCGCGUCUCCUCCAUGCCUUGCAGAACCAGCACCACACCACAAACCCCAACCUUCAGAUUAUCGGGUAGCUGUGCAACGACUGCAAGGAGCUGAGUUUUUGAAUUAAUAAAUAUUGUAUUGUCU